UCACGUUUAUUUAAGUAACGUUGCUUCAUAUUAUUCCAAACAGUAAUCUUAAACUAAUGUAAAUGACAUAAAACGUUUUAGUGAUAAUUUCCUAUAAAUUUAUGUUUUCUAAUAAGGUGGUCAAACGGCGUAGAGUUCACGUGUGUUUACGUUUAGUGGUGUGUAUUUCCUAGAAAUGACAUCACGAGGUAGAAGUGAAACAGAUAAGCUAAAACACAAUCUUGAGGAACAGUUAGAUCGACUGAUGGCCCAGCUAGCAGACCUAGAAGAAUGCAAGGAAGAGUUGGACCCUGAAGAAUAUGAAGAAACCAAAAAUGAAACUUUGGACCAGCUGAAAGAGUUUGACAAAUCAUUGAAAAAAAUAGUUUCUGGCAAUAUGACCUUAAUUGAUGAAUUAAAUGGAAUGCAACUGGCAAUUCAAGCAGCUAUUAGCAAAGCAUUUGAAACUCCUGAAGUCAUCCGCAUGUUUGCCAAGAAACAACCUGGUCAGUUACAGCAGCGUCUAAUUGAAUUAGAACGAGACUCUAAGUUUGGGAAACUGGCAGUUGACGUUAUGACUCAGCAAAAAGUGGAGAUUCUCACUGCCCUGAAGAAGCUAGGAGAAACUCUUCAGCCUGGUGAAGAAGAGUUUUUACAGCAACAUUCAACAGCUUCAUUGAGGGAGUUUGAGAGUAUUUCUGGUGACACUGCUACAAGUGAAAAGGUACUCAAGAUGGCAGAGUCUCAAGUUGAACAGGCUGGAAGAUAAUAGAAACCAAAACCAUUUUUAUCAUUCAAGAGGGAUAUUUUGAACUAGGAAAUCAAUGAUGGAAAUGUGAGAUAAAGUUUUAUAGUUGGUUCUUAAAAGACGAAGAACUCAAAUACUCAUGAUAUAUACCUAAUGUGAUUUAGAUAGCUUUUACCUACAUGAGCUCUUUAAUUUAUCAAAGCUGAAAAUGUAAUUCUGGUGGAAAAAAGUCUUGCCCUAGACCUAAUCAAAAACACUUUGGACCAGAUAUACAUGUAAUAAAGAUGAGCACAGUUUUAAGUACAUUUUAAAUCAGGUAACAUCUUUCCUUUAAUCCUGAUACAUACCAGCAUUUACAUAUUAUUAAACAACCUCAAACUUUGAAUUGUUAGGGGAGAGGGGGUACAAGCAAAUCAACAUUUUUGGUAGCUUUCAUACUACUUUGGCUAAUUCUGUUUAUUUGAACUAGAAAGGCAAAAGCAACUAUGUAAACAUUUCAGUUGGAGUGUACUCAUAAAUUUACUGUAUACAAGAUUUACCCUCAUAUUUUUAGAUUGCGAGAGAAUAUUAAUAUUAAAAAAAAAGAAAAAAGGCCGCUACUUCCUUUAAAAUACAUAGUUGCCUUAGAUAAAAGAGUUAGCACAAAGGAUCACAUAUAAAUAUAUAUAUAUAUAUAUAUAUUCUUCUUCAGGAGAACAUCCUUUGUUCUCCUGAAGAAGAAUAGUCAACUAUUCGAAUGUACUCAAGUUUUGGGUCUUAUUUUAAGUUUAGUUGCCUUAGACAUAUUCUCUAAAGUUCAGAACUUACAUUCACUUGUAUGAGCAAUGUUUUGUUUUGUUUUUAGUUACUGACUCUGCAAAAGCACUUAAUUUUCUAAUUUUCAUUGAUACGUUAAUGUAUGUGUGUGUGUGUGUGAUGUUUACAACAAAUAUUGAUGAUUUCAUCAAUUACUUUACAUAUCUAAGUUCACUUUUAUAUCAUUAAAUUUGAAAAAAAUUAUUUAAAUGAAUUGUUACGAAAAAAUUUACAUGUAUUAUACAUGCUCAAAAAGGAUCAAUCACAGAUAAUUCAACUUUUAAACAAAAAACAUACUAAUAGAUAAGCAUGAAAAUUUUUGGAUGACAUUGUGUAUUUCUCAUACUUUCAAUAUUUUAUUAAUAGAUGUGUUUCAGAACAGAAUUGUAUGUGUAUAACUAACAGAUGCUGAUUAGUGUAAGGGAAUGUUUAAUUCAUUUUAAGCUUUAGUUUUAUUAUCUUGAUGAACCAACUCACUUUUUAUGCAAAUUGAUAGAAAACAAAUUUAUGAUUUGCAUGAAAGUGAACUGAUUCAUCAAGCUAGUAAAUCCAAAGUUUAACUAAAACUAAACAACUGUUCUCUUAGGAAUGAAAUGUAAGUUGAUCUUCUCUUAUUAAGGUAAACUAUGCAUCUAAUGUUUAUUUUAAUACCUAUUGAAGAAUGAUGGCUAUGAUCCUAGUUAAUAACAGUUCUUCCUGAAAAAUUAUAAAAAUCCUAUUUACAUUAAAAUUAUCACAUAGUCAGUUUGGGUUUAAACAUUUUCAUGUUUCUUAUCUGUAUUACUGCCCUUGAUGUUCAUAAAUAAACGUUGUAAUUCGAAAGCAUU